AUGCCACCACCGGCUACUUUAGGAUUUUCCAAUCUGCUCAAUCCAGACGCCUCGCCAGACUCAACUCCCUCGACUCCCGGUGACUCAAACUCGUCAAUGGCUUCUUCUGUAAGCCUGCUGCCACCGCUCAUGAAGGGUGCUCGUCCUGCGACCGAGGAGGUCCGUCAGGAUCUGCCCCGGCCGUACAAGUGCCCUCUUUGCGACCGUGCCUUCCACCGCUUGGAGCACCAGACAAGACAUAUCCGGACGCACACCGGCGAGAAGCCCCACGCCUGCCAGUUCCCUGGCUGCACCAAGCGAUUCUCUCGCUCCGAUGAACUCACUCGUCACUCGCGCAUCCACAACAACCCCAAUUCGCGCCGCAGUAACAAGGCUCAGCACUUGGCAGCGGCUGCCGCCGCAGCUGCAAACCAGGAUGCGGGUAUGGUCAACGCCGCCAACAUGAUGCCUCCUCCCAGCAAGCCCAUCACUCGCUCCGCACCCGUGUCGCAAGUUGGAUCCCCGGAUGUUUCACCGCCUCACUCGUUCUCCAACUACGCCAACCAUAUGCGCUCAAAUCUGGGACCGUACUCGCGCAACACCGAGCGCGCCUCUUCCGGCAUGGAUAUCAACCUGCUAGCCACGGCCGCAUCACAGGUUGAGCGCGACGACCACAUGGGAUUCCACGGCUCACGCGGCCACCAAAUGUUCGGCUCUCGUCACGGCACUGGCCGUGGUCUCCCCCUCGCUCUCGGCCUACGCCAUCUCCCAGAACAUGACCCGCGGUCUCGUCCCAACUCGCCCAACUCCACCGCUCCCUCUUCUCCUACUUUCUCUCAUGACUCUCUGUCCCCAACUCCCGACCAUACUCCCCUGGCGACCCCUGCACACUCGCCCCGUCUGCGCCCUCUCGGUGCCAGCGAGCUGCACUUGCCUUCAAUCCGCCACCUGUCUCUCCAGCACACGCCCGCUCUCGCGCCCAUGGAACCCCAAGCCGAGGGCCCCAACUACUACAGCCCCAGUCAGGGACACAUGGGCUCGACCAUUGCAGACAUCAUGUCCAAACCCGACGGCACACAGCGCAAGUUACCUGUUCCUCAGGUCCCCAAGGUCGCAGUGCAGGACAUGUUGAAUCCCGCAGCUGGAUUCUCUUCCAUGAACUCCUCCGCCAAUAACUCCGUGGCAGGCGGCGAUCUGGCAGACCGAUUCUAA